ACAGUAAUGCCGCACUGAAUUGUUGCCUCGCCGAGCGUGAUGCCUCACCAAAGCCAUCCAUAUGUAAGAUAUACGGCGACUUUUCACCGUAACGAUGCCAAGAACAAGAUCGUCAAGCAUAGAUCGUGCAACCUGCAGGUAAUGGCGUGAGUUUCCGCGGAACGCUACAUUCUACCACCCUGCUAUUGAGAAAAGGAAAGUAUCAUGAACAGCUCCAACAGCCAACAUACAAGAGCGCAACCGAUUGUAUUUGGUUGAGUUAAGGCUGUUACAAUUCGAAUGGCCAGCCCAAAGCGAGUACUUAUCGCAGGCGCGGGCGUCGCAGGGCCAUCACUCGCCUGGUUCCUGGCUCACAAUGGCCACAAUGUUACUAUCGUGGAGCGAGCACCUGCACUGCGUACUUCGGGCCAACAGGUAGAUGUGGCAGGCAAGGGCGUUCAUAUCGUCAAAGCUAUGGGCAUCUGGGACGAACUUCUCGCACAUUCUACUGGAGAUCAGGGCAUCAAGUUCGUCGACGAGCACGACAAGAUCUGGGCCGCGUUCCCUGUGGACAAGGAGAGCGGCGCCAGCAGCUUCGUUAAGGAGAUUGAGAUCCUCCGAGGCGAGAUGGCCGAGGUGCUGUAUCGGCACACGAAGGGUGACGUGGACUAUGUCUUUGGCGAGCAGAUUAGAGGACUCAAGGAGCAGGCCAAGCAGGUCACUGUCAGCUUCGCGAAGGGUGCGGAUCGAGACUUUGACGUUGUGGUGGCGGCAGACGGCCUCUUUAGCAAGACGAGAGAUAUUGCAUUCUCAUCGUCAUUUGCGCACGUGAAGAGCCUAAAGCAAUGCUGCGCUCUCAUGUCAAUACCGUACAAAGAGUCUGACGGGUAUUGGAGCAGAUGGUACAACGCGCCUGGUGGACGAUGUGUAGUUCUGCGUCCACAGCCAAAGAUUGGCAAGACUGGUGCGUACUUGGCGGUGAUGACGCCGCAUAGUGGCAAGCUCGCGCUCCUGCCGCACGAGGCGCAGAUCUCAGAAUUCACACAGCUAUUUGCGGAUGCCGGCUGGGAGGCCGAACGGGUGCUACGCGAGAUGAAGGAUAAUCCAAGUGUUUAUGUCCAGGAGACUGCGCAAGUCAAGACCCCGAGCUGGGUGAGAGGACGGAUAGCUUUGCUCGGAGAUGCAGGAUAUUGUCCGAGUCCCGUGAGCGGGCAGGGUACUACCCUGGCAUUCGUCGGUGCCUACAUCCUGGCUGGGUGCCUUUGCACGUACGAUGAAGUUGAGACCGCACUGAAACAGUACGAGCAGCAGAUCAAGCCAUUCGUGGAAAAGGCUCAAGCGUUGAUACCGGGUGUACCGGGGAUUGCGAACCCUCAGACGUCAUGGGGUAUUGCAGUCCUCUAUACAGUGCUGUGGUGGAGCGAUCUGAUUGCGAAAUCAGGCGUGCCUGGCUGGAUAGGCAAAUUGAUGUCGCCGGUUGCAAGCUUGGUGAGCGGAAAGGAGCUCGAAAUACCGACAUAUCCUGCGAUGUCGACCAGAAGGUAAGGUCUAAUUUCGCAAGCGUACAGUAAGACCUUCAGCGGAAGGCUUGCUGCAUUCGGCAUUAGAUCCUCUGCUCGAAUAAGUACGAAACUCGCAGAGAGCGCGCAUCAGAUACCGUCGUAGGCAAAUGUAGCAUCAAAGACCGCCACCAGCCUGCCCCAUUGAAGGGGCCCAGCGCAGCAGCGGUGUCUCAGUGCUUGACUCUAUUUGCUUUGCAUCAUCACCUGAACGCUCUGCAUACUCAUCGGCCCUCAUAAAGGGUGACGGGUCCGGCUGCUUUGACACAGCAGGCGCAGCUUUGCUCGCCGACAGACCCAGAAAAGAGUUUGUGAACUCCUCGCAUGAAGAAUAAGCCCCAUCGAGUUACCCGUUCCCAGCCGGUCCACGG